UUAGGAUUACAGUGCCACCUAGCUCUGGUAUAUACAAUAAAUACAGAUCAAGUAGGAAACGUUCAGUCGAUUUUGUAAGUUGUCAAUGCCAAAAUUGCAGCUUUAGUCUUCAAUGUUUAAAUGAUUAGUUAGAACAUAUGAUUAGUUAGUUUUUUUAAUAGUAUUUACAAGCUACAACCUGCGUACUGGGGUUUAGUCAAGAUACCUUAUCAGAUAUCAGUAGUGACUAGUGUAUGCAGAAAGUCGAAAAAUAAAUUUGUCGACACGAGCUGUCAUUUUUCUUUACUAAUCAACUAUCAUAGAGUAUCAUUAGCAUUUCACAUCAGUCUAUGAUUACGUAUUAUCUGUAACAGUCAAAUUCAAAUUUCAAAAUAAAGCUUGAAUGAUUUCCAUAAAUUCAAAUUUAAAAUCAGCCUUUUAAUCAGAUAUUAUAACAUUUUAAAGUCCUGUACAGCGUACAAUUCUAUCUCUUAUUAAUAUCAUAACAAGAUGUCAACACCAAAGCCAGAAAAGGAAUUACAUUUACCACUUUCAAGAGUAAAAACUAUCAUGAAAAGUUCACCUGAAGUAGAUGCUGUCGGCCCCGAACCUUUAUACUUAGUUACUAAAGUUACUGAAUUAUUUGUGAUUGAUUUAGCCAAGCGAGCAUUUAAGAAUAGUUCUAACAACUUGUUAGAAUACAAGCACAUAGCUGAUGUUGUACAAGAAGAUGACAGCUUAGAUUUUCUACGUGAGAUAAUACCAAGAAAAAUCACAGUUAAGCAAUUUAAAGAAAUGAUGGCCCGUAAAGCGGCUAAAGCAAACUCAGAUGAUUCAACUGAAGAGUCAAGCAGUGAAGAAAGUAGUGAUGAGAGUGAAGAAAGUCAGGAAGAAUAAUACUUUAUUUUCCUAUAAUGUGAAAUGAAGUAUGGGACCAAUCACGAUUGUUACUAUGAUAGCAAUAUAAUUUGGUGUUAAUUAUAACACUGCUGUCUUG